AUGGCUAACUUAGCUAAACACGGUGUCCCUAAUGAUAUUAUCUGCCCCAUUUAUCAUGGAGAGGUUGAAACUACCUAUCAUGCCUUAUGGGGCUGUUCAUCUUUGAAGAGCAUAAGAGCAAACUUUCCUAUUCGUAUCAUAGAGAUUAUAGGUUGUGGUAUGGCUUUGUAUGAAUGGCAUGAAUGGCUCCUUGAUUGUAUGUCCUCUCUGUCUAAGGAAGAAGGAGAAAAAAUUAUUGUUCUUUUGUGGAGAAUUUGGUACAGGAGGAACAAAAUGGUCCAUGAACAUGUUUGGAUGGAUGACAAGUAUGUGGUUGAAUGGGCAUUGAAGUAUCUUGGUAGAUAUCAAGAGGCUCAAGUUAACGUAGAGGAUCCUUCUCCAGGUCCAUUUGGUGUUGUGAAAGGUGGUCAAUCAAUGGGUUAG